CCACUGUAGUCAGUGUGUGAGCUCCAAUCGUAGUAGAACUCUGAAGAACGGGAUUUUCCGAUCGGACAUUUUUUGUAGCGUCGGUAGUUCCCGUUUUUGAAUGAUAUGAAGUGACUCUCUGCUCUAGCAAUGGAAUUUAAAAACGUCGUGUUUAACGCAGCCCGUGACGGAAAGUUGCGACGUUUAAAGGUAUUUCUGGACCAUAGACCUAAGGAAGAGGUGAAUAAGCUUGUAACAGCCCGGACAAACGGGGCCACACCACUCGUCCUUUCAUGUAGAAACGGUCAUCAUGAAGUCGUCCAGUACCUUGUAGAUAGAUGUGAAGCAAAUGUAGAGCAAGCAGGAUCAGUCACAUUCGACGGAGAAACUAUAGAAGGAGCUCCACCCUUAUGGUGCGCAGCCGCUGCAGGUCACCUUGAGAUAGUGAAGCUGCUAGUGAAGAGUGGUGCCAAUGUAAACUCAACUACCAAAACUAACUCAACACCGCUUAGAGCGGCAUGUUUUGAUGGACAUUACGAAAUAGUUAAAUACCUCGUGGAGCACAACGCAGAUAUUGAAGUGGCGAACAGACACGGACACACUUGCCUGAUGAUAGCCUGCUAUAAGGGACAUUUUAAAAUUGCUCGAUAUCUAAUAGAAAUAGGAGCAGAUGUGAACAGGAAGUCUGUGAAGGGGAACACCGCCCUGCACGACUGUGCUGAGAGUGGAAGCCUAGAGAUAAUGAAAUUGUUAAUACAGUCGGGAGCCAGAAUAGAUGUGGAUGCUUACGGAAUGACACCUCUUCUUGCAGCCAGUGUUACUGGACAUCUGCAUAUAGUGGAACAUUUAACAGGACAAAGAGAUAUGGUAGGUAAACAGGAGAGGAUUGAUGCUCUUGAGCUGCUUGGAGCUACUUUUGUUGAUAAAAAGAGAGAUAUGCUGGGAGCUCUUACACUCUGGAAAAGAGCAAUGGAAGAGAGGUACCUGGAUGGAGUCCUAGUUAUCCCUAAAGCUCUUGUUUCCUCACCUAUCUCUGCUUACGAAAACACAUUAGAGGUGGAGAGUGUUUCCGCUUUGGAAGAGAUAAUUUCAGAUCCGGAUAGUAUGCGGAUGCAGGCUUUGCUUGUCAGAGAACGGAUACUUGGCCCGGCUCAUCCGGAUACCAGUUACUAUAUCAGAUACAGGGGCGCUGUUUACGCAGAUAUGGGACACUUUGAACGGUGUAUCACCCUCUGGAUGUACGCACUAGAUAUGCAACAGAAGAUACUUGAACCUUUAUCUCCAAUGACGCAGUCAUCACUUCUCAGCUUUGCCGAACUUUUUAGCUUCAUGAUGUCAGAAGGAGGUCGUUCACGGGGUCAGGUACCCUUCGCCAACUUAGCUGGCGGAGGUCGAGAAGGGGCAGCUAUUGAACGCGAGGAGGGAGGCGGAAGAUCAUCACCUCCGCCGGUUAGUUUCUGUGAUAUUAUGACGGUGUUCCAGCGAGCUGUGAGAGAAGUAAAGGCCGGUCAGGUUGCUCUGGAGGGAGGAGAGGGGAAGGGAGGAGAUUCUACAUAUUUUAACAGAACCAUUGUCAUCUUACUUCACUUGGUUUGCUUAUUUACUAAACUGGUUCCUCAUUUACCAGACAAACAGGUGUUUGAAGUGAAGCAGGCUGUUUACAACUUUGUCAAUGUCGGAGCACGUGGUCGCGGUGGCGCCACUGCGCUCCAUCUAGCGUGUACAAAAGAAAGCUCUAGUGUGGGCCGGUAUCCCAUCUGUGUGUUCCCUAGUGUCCCCGCUAUCCAGCUACUACUGGAGUGUGGAGCUGACCCAAACGCAAUCGAUAAUGAUGGAAACACCCCCCUACAUACUGCUGCAGCUAGUAAACCAGUGAAACAAGUUGUUGUGCAAACCUUACUAGAUGCAGGUGCGCAUUUUGACCUUGUCAAUUCAGAGGGAAAACCGUUCUUUAAUAUUAUGAAGGGACAACCCCUUCAUGAGAUUGCAAACUGUGUGCGCCACACCUCAUUGCGCUGUCUCAGUGCGCGUUCUGUGCGCCGACAUGAGCUGUCCACCGCCGGUCUUCCGCGCACCCUAGAGCUGUUUGUGGAACAGCACUAGAGCAGCCAGGGGUCGGAGAUACAUGAGAUACACACAGAGACUACCAAUGCGCGUCAUCAUGGCGCGCACGCGCGAUCCAUUCAGAAACAGUUAUGAUCGCGCUUAGAGUUUGAAAAAUCAGAAUAUCAUGCCAAUAACCGUAUUGAUGAAAGAUCAGAUUUUGAAUUGCACUCUUUGAUUGACAUCAGCGAUCUUUCACAGCGGCCAAAGAUAUAAAAGUGAGGCGAAGAUCCACAAAAAAAUCAACAAUAUUUCACGUACAACGUGGAGGAAAAACAUUGAUUAUCACAGAUUGACCAAGAAUUCAUGAUAAUUUGUUUAAAACCCUAUUGUAUUGUAGAACAACAAAAUACAAGAAGCAUAUAUAAUAUAUAAAAACAUACAUAUAUAUAUAUCAUAUAUCUGUAGAUCGAAUAUAUUUUGCAUGCACGCUUUAAUUUUGAAACAAUAAUAUCCUGACGAGUUAUUUUUAAACGAACCCGGUGAAUUAUAACAAUGUUACUAUAACAAACUUUUUUUUUGAAAAUGUACAUUACUGCAAUAUUUCAUUCUUAAAACUUGGUUAAACGUUUUUGUUUUGCUCAAUAUUUUUACAUAGUCUGGAUUAGAAAUUAAAAUCAGGGCAUUAACGUCGUCGUUGCUCAAACAGAAACAUAUCUAAGAUCUAUUAGUGAACUUCCGUUUAAUGUACUAGCUGCCACUUGCAGAUGUCCGACAUCUUGUUAUUCCUUGUGUGGACUGAGGGCAGGUCAUGUUCCACGUUCCUGUACGUUGUGUUAAAAAUAUAUAUUCUAAACUAUUUUGUGAAUAAAUUUGAAAACUCA